AUGCAGCGCGUGUCUGCUUUGUUGCCUUCUUGGGGGGACCGGAGAAAAUCCAAUACCAGCACAUCGACCAAGGCUUCCAUAGAGAGACUGUCCAGCUCAUCCGACAAACGACCCAAACCCCUGCAGCGCUUGUCAACGACUUCACGGAUCGCUCGCGAGGACUUUUGGCCAGCCACCCUCGAUCAUGAGUGUGAUCGGUCUGCGAGGAUACUCAAGUCCUUCUGCUCCGACGGAUACCUCGCGCCUCUGCGGGACGACAACCAUUCCAUCACUUCCGCCAAUUCCGCCAGCUCUGCCGAACCGCAGACCCCCAUCCAGGUGUUCCAGAAGAUCCCGACGCGCAUCAUACAAAAUGCCGCUGGUAUUGCCAUCUUCACAUGCAUGCGCUCUGGUCUUUGGAUGACUGGCUCGGGAGGCUCGGGCAUCCUGAUUGCGCGGAAGGCUGACGGCACCUGGUCGCCGCCCUCGGGCAUUUUACUCCACACCCCCAUCCUUAGCUUCAUCAUGGGAGUCGACAUAUACGACUGCGUCCUUGUCAUCAACAACAUGGCGGCCCUGGAAUCGCUAAUCACAAGGCCAAAUGUUACACUUGGAGAAGACAUUGGUCUCACUCGCGGACCUCUCGUCUCACUCGAGUCGACCGGCGACGACGUGCGAUGGCGAGACUUUGACGGUACCGUUCUGACCUACCUCAAGGCCAGAGGUCAAGCCCAGACCGUCGACCUCAGUGGCUGCAUCCUGAGGGAGAGGGGCAAUGAGAAUGAGAGAUUCUAUGGGAGCGAAGUGACGCCUAUGCAGAUUCUUGCAGGCAACGUCGCGCGACAGGUGGAAGAAACCCUACCUCUGACCGAGGUUCUGAAGGCCGCCGAAGGCCGCAUCGAUGCAGACCUCGCGAUCAUCAACCAGCUCUCAAGCCAGCCGGCCCCUGGUGACGCCAUGAUUGCCACACCCCGCGAUUCGCCCGUAUCGCCCACCGCGGCAUUCGGCAUGCCCAACGCCGCUGAUCCAGACCCAUUCGGCAUCCUUGCCCUGGAGAUGGCAGGAUUGGAAAUCCGCGAGGCCGGCACGCGUCUCAGACCAGGAAGCCGCCAGUUCGAUUAUUCACCCAGCCCGACUAGCCCUGCCUUUUCGAAAUUCAGCCGGCAGAGUGUACAAGCAUCCGCCACUGAGAGCAACAGGGGCAGCUACAUGUCAACAAGGACAGAGACAACGAAGAUGUCUGAUGCUCAUACACAGACUGAUCUGGGCCAAACCCCCAGCACGACACCAACUCACAGCCAGAGUGAGGAUGGACGGGAUGCAGCGGCUGGUAACCAAGAUACCCCACAUAAGGAACCUGAUGAGAUCGACUACACCAAGAUUGAUCUUACACCGAUCAGGAAGAUUAGCGGCAGCCACUCGAUCGAGAGCUGUCCCAUGACGGACAGCGCCACGAGUACCGAUGGACAAUCGAGGACAGACGGUAGCACACUCGAUGACGCAGCCACCAAGGCGUCGAGCAUCUAUGAGAAGGAGGAGAUGGAGUCCCAGAUGGGGAACGAUGAGAACGACGACGACGCAGACGAUGAGGAUGAUGAGAGCGAGGACGAAGAGGAGCCCAUCAUCUAUGAAGUGGCGUCUCUGCAGCCGACAGCCCGCACAGCUAUGAUUGCGUCUCCCAUUCAGGUCAAAGGUUCCCUUGUGACGAUUCCCAAGCGGAUUCCCCCGCCCCUUCCCACCAGAAGUCCCGCGCGGGCUUCGCGAGCGAGCAAGAGCGAGCUAGGCGAUGUCAGCCACCUCGCAAGCCCACUGCACUCCAACUUCACCACCUCGCCGAGGCAAUCCUACGACGCUGGUUGUGCAGGCAGCGAAGGCCGCGAGAUUCCCUCCAUCCUUGAAACUCCGGCAGUGGACGAACCUGUAGCCGCGACCCCAUCCAGGGAGCAGGGCGAUGAGGCCGUCGAGGUUGACAAGAGUCCGUUGUCCACCAAGACCUCACAAGAAUUCCACGAGGCUAAGGAAGACCUCAGUCCUCAACCUGCGGCGCCUGGUGCCUUUCCCUCGGAUGAUGAGGUCGACGCUUUAUUCCCACCCGUGAGGAACCCUAGGCGACAGUCAAAACCGGAGAAGGCGGCAGAGACCCAAGCCGUAUCGCCCCGACCGGUUUCUGUGGCAUGA